CAGAGAAAAGAGCAUAAAGCAUAAAAGCCACUAAAAGAUAAAAGCUGGUUGGCACAAAAAGCGACUCUCUUUCCCCCUUUCACCCCAACCCAUUCCCCAUUCCCCCCCUCUCUGCAAAUCCUUUCCCUCAAAUCUGCCUUAAACACCUCCAUUUUCAAAACCUCCACUCAACUGCAGGGUAGGUGGGUGUGUUUUGCUCCGCUUCAUCAUUAAAAAACAUCAUACUUCCCAAUAGAAUCAUCCCAUGUUGGACAACAACAACGUUACUGCUACCAAUGAGGCGACGCCCGGCCCUUCUUCUUCCUCCGAUGCAGCUUUGACGGCGGCGCCGGCGCCGCAGAAUGGGGCCAAACGGAAGCGGAGGCCGGCUGGGACUCCGGAUCCGGAUGCGGAAGUGGUGUCGCUGUCGCCGAGGACGCUGCUGGAAUCGGACAGAUACGUGUGCGAGUUUUGCGGGCAGGGGUUCCAGCGGGAGCAGAAUCUGCAGAUGCACCGGCGGCGGCACAAGGUGCCGUGGAAGGCGUCAAAGCGGGGGGCGGAGACGGCGGCGGCGGGGAAGAAGAGGGUGUAUGUUUGCCCGGAGCCGAGCUGCUUGCACCACGAUGCGCGUCACGCGCUGGGGGAUCUGGUGGGGAUAAAGAAGCACUACCGGAGGAAACACAGUAAUAGCAAGCAGUGGGUGUGCGAGAAGUGCUCCAAAGGCUACGCCGUCCAGUCGGAUUAUAAGGCGCAUCUCAAGACGUGUGGGACUCGCGGCCAUUCUUGCGACUGCGGCCGUGUUUUUUCCAGGGUGGAGAGUUUUAUAGAGCACCAAGAUGCAUGCGCAGCUAAACGAAACAAUGGUACCGAUACACAACAACCAUUACUAGUACUGCAUCAGCCAAUUUGCUCAUCCACAACACCCUCCGCCACCAGUCCUUCAAGCGACACAAAUUUCAGCACCGCCGUGCCGCCAUUGCCAACACCAACACCGCUAACAAUUCCCCCUCCCCCUCCUGCAGAGCCGCCAAUAAGCGACUCGCAUCACAAAAAACACACCCGCUUGGAGCUCCAGCUCCUGCCAUCCUCACCCGCGUUUCCGGCGCUUGAAGAUAAUCACGCCACCGGGUUGAACCUGUCGAUCGGAGGCGCAGGGCGGAAAAGCGGUGCGGCGGUGAUGAGCGAGGAAGUGAGAAUGGCGAUGGCUGAGAAGUCGUACGCGGAGGAGACGAGGCAAGACGCGAGAAGGCAGACGGAGUUAGCGGAGCUGGAAUUCGCGAGCGCGAAGAGGAUUAGAGAGGCGGCUAAGGCGGAACUGGAGAAAGCUCAGGUUUUGAAGGAGCAAGCGGCGGAGAAGAUCAGUGCUAUAAUGCUGGAAAUUACGUGCCGUGCCUGCAAGCAAAAGUUGUCGGAAGAUAAUGCUGGUUUUAGGCUUAGAUUGGAUGGCUAGCUUGUUCACUUCCAUCUAUGCUCUAAUUUUUGUGUUCAUUUUUUGUUGUUGUGAAACAAUAACUCUGGUAAAGCUGAUAAUUAACAUUGGGAUGCAGGUAGUGUAGUUGAAGAUAAACUAUUGAAGAUCUUAUUUAUUUUCAACAAGUUGACCUCACAUAUUAGUGUCAACCCCGUCAAGUUAGUCCGGUUAUUAGUUUAGGAACCAUAAAGUUUUAAAUU